UCCUCCACAACAUCAUUAUCCCAUUUCAAGCAGCAAAACAAGGAAAAAUACAAGAAAAAAGAAACCCACACAUAGACACAACCUUAAUUUAUCAGAAAUGGUCAAGACAGAAUCCAAGAUUUCAUCACCAUCAUCGUCGUCGUCGUCGUCGUCGCCGCGGCGAAACCCAACCUCCCAAUGCAAGAAGAGAUUCAAAGGAGUGAGAAUGAGAAGCUGGGGAUCAUGGGUUUCCGAGAUCAGAGCGCCCAAUCAGAAAACGAGAAUCUGGCUGGGGUCCUACUCGACGGCGGAGGCGGCGGCGCGAGCCUACGACGCCGCGCUCCUCUGCCUCAAGGGCUCCUCCGCCAACCUCAACUUCCCGACCUCCUCGCACCAGAAUCUGAUCAAUGUCGACAAAGACACGAUCAUGUCGCCCAAGUCCAUACAAAGAGUCGCGGCGGCCGCGGCCAAUGCCCAACUUCUAGAAGCUUCCAGAAACCCUAACCCUCCGUCGCCGAUGUCCACGUCUUCUACCUCGAGCUCGUCGCCCUCGCUGUCGUCUUCUUCUCCCAACUCUUGCUUUCGGAUCGAAGAAGACCACAUCUCGCUGUCGGAGGCCGCCGCCGGCGACUACGAGGUGCAGUUCGAGGAGCCGAGCAUGGCGGCGUGGUACAACUUUGAUUCCCCCAAGUACAAUGAGAUGCUUAAUGGGGUGUUUUUUGAUCCUUUGAUGAUGGAGGAUUAUUCGUAUGAAGAUGGCGAUAUUCGUUUGUGGAGCUUCUGUUGAAGAUUUGGAGGAAAAAAAAAAAUUGUUUAUGUUGUUUACUAUGUAUACUGCUUAUUUAUUUGUUCAUUCAUUGGAUGAUCUUCAGUUUAUUUCAUGAAGACAUUACUGACUUAGGCUGGGAAUUAUACAUAUAUAUAUUUUUGUAAUUGAUUGAAUUGAGUAUUUGGGUUUCAAUUCGCAGGAGAGUGACAUAAUUCGAUGCACUCUUUUAAGUGAAUUUGACUGUAUACUUUUGUAUUUAAUUGAAUUUCAUAUCAUAUACAUAUAUAUGUGGGCUAUAUGUUGCUUGUAACUCUACAUAAAUAUUGAAAGAAGUUGUGUUUUCUUGUGGCAA